GGCUUGUGGAGAUAGUCUUCAGCAGAUGAUGCCACUGGUUUUUUUCGUGAUUGUUACGCAAAGGAGUCGGGUUACAGAGCGCAGGCACCGUUUCUCAACUACUUCCUGAGUCUGUGAACGACAAAUAACAGGGCAGAAUAGUUACUGUGUAGCAGUGAGGAGGAGUUUACGAAUUAUACGUCUCCACGAUUCAACUGCCUCCAGCUCAUAAUGGGCGUUGCCUUUUGAACUUCUGUAAAAGGUGUGGCGAUUUCUGGACACCGUGAAAUUCCUCCUCUGACAUCAAUCCCGUUCCUUUUACUAAAGUUGAAGACUUCAACCACAACAAUGUCUGGUUGGGAUGACUUGGACCUGCUCUUGGACUCCCCCUCCUCACUGACAGUGACAUCCAACACAAGAGGAACUGUGAAGGACAAGGCAAACUUCAAUGUGGAAGCAGAUGUGUCUGCAAUAAGGAAAGCCAUCGAGGGCGUUGGUACGACAGAAAAGACGCUGAUUGAGGUGCUGACCCAGAGAAGUAAUGCUCAGCGUCAGCUUAUUGCUAAGGCCUAUGAGAAAGCCACAGGAAGGAAAUUAGUAGCUGACCUGGAGGGCGACACCCACGGAGACUUUGAGGAUGUGUUGGUAGCUUUGGUAACCCCUCCUGCUGUCUGCGACUGUCAGGAAGUCAUCAAAGCCAUCAAGGGAGCAGGGACCACCGAGAGUACGCUGACAGAAAUCUUUGCCUCGAGAUCCAACAGGCAGAUCAAGGCCUUGUCUGAAGCAUACCUUGCAGAAACUGGAAAAGCGAUGAUUCAGGAUCUGCAGUCGGAGGUAGCUGGAGAUUAUGGCAAAGCUCUGCUCAUCUUGGCUGAGGGGAAGAGAGAUGAGAGCACCAAUGUGGACACUGCCAAAGCUAAAGCAGAUGCUAAGGCCAUGUACAAUGCCGGGGAGAAGAAGUGGGGAACCGACGAGGGGAAGUUUAUUGACAUCUUGUGCCACAGGAGUAUUCCCCAGCUUCGACAGACUCUGGUGGAGUACAAGAAUAUUAGUAAGAAGACUCUACAGGAGAGCAUUGAGGGCGAGAUGUCUGGGAACCUGGAGGAGCUACUGGUGGCUGUUGUUAAGUGUGUGAAGAGCGUUCCCUUAUACCUGGCUGAGAGGCUUUUCAUGAGCAUGAAGGGUGCGGGGACCACAGAGUCCAUUCUGACCAGGAUAAUAGUCGGUCGCUCAGAGAUAGACCUGCUGGACAUCAGAGCAGAGUAUAAGAAGCUGUUUGGAGGCUCCCUCUACUCCCAGUUAGAGUCUGAAGUGUCGAGCAGUUAUGGCGACACCCUCAAGAGUCUAUGCGGCCAAGACUAACUGCUUCCAACUCUAGUGAUGAGAAACAUGUGGUGUGAAGUGCAGACGGGAAGAACCGCAGCAAAAGAGGAGGAUAGCAUCGUACUGAUACCGUUGACCUGAAUUCAGCUGGAACUAACCAGCGAGAAAUGCUUUUGAAUGUGGAAUUCCAGUAAUGUUCAGCCAGACAGUGCAGUCUGAUGAUUAACACACACAGAUUUAAUAAGUGCAGACAUGAAGAUGCUGUUGAAUGUCUUUUUGAACUUAGAAAUUAGUUUGUAUUCUAUGUGACUGAUAUCAGUCAACUCCACAUUUCUUUUUAGCAUAUUGUAACACAAAUAACGUCAUAACUUUCACAUUAAAAAAAAAAAAAAAUA